AUGGAAAACUCAAAGAUUUUUAUUGCAGCGAUCAAGAAAAAUAUUACCCCUGAUAUUACAGCAUCAAUUGCAACUAAACUGACUUCACCUAAUAAAAAUUUACAAAAUAAUGGUAUUAUCAUAUGUUCUUCAGUACCUAGCAUAAUUUUAUCUGCUUUACGCUUUCAAGAAGUCUCACAAUUGCCUGUAUUUCAUAGUGAAAUCUUGACUGAAAAUCCUGAAAAUUCUAAAAUUCGUCAAAAAUUUUAUAACUCAGAGAUGCUUAAUAAUUAUUUUUAUGCAAAAUUACAAGGAAAACCGUGGCUAGACUUCGAGAAAUUGACUUAUUACUAUAAGCACAUUUUUCUUUUCAUAGAAUGGAAAUUUGUAGAAACUCAUUUUUCUGAAAAUGAACUUAUACUUCAGCAUGAAUAUAAAUUGGGUGCAGGCCCAAUGAUAGUGCCUUUUUGAUAUUGUGCAUUCCACAAAUGUACUUUUGGUCGAAAAUUGGUUGAAACUUUUUGAUAGUAAGACAUUUGACUGAAAAAAACCGUUAAAUUUCGACCAAAUGUAUUUUCUAUAAAAUUUACACUGUCAAAAAUCCACUGUCAUUUGGCAUGGAGCCAUAUAAAUCAGCAAAAAUUUGUAUUCAUAUGAUAGUGAAUUUAUUUAUUUUUUUAAUAAUAAAUUUUAUAAAGUAUUUAUUAUAAAUAGAAUACGUACACUUUCAUAAAAAAGGUAAAGCUAGAAGCAAAAGAAGAAGACUCACACAGAUCUCAAGAACUGCUGCUUUGUGGGAUAAAAAAUGGGCUGAUGAAUGUUUUAAAAGAAAAUUCCCAAGAAUUGAUCGAAAUUUUAGAGAGCUUUAGAAAUGAAAUUAAUCAAAUUGUCGAUAAAGCAAAAGCGCUUUCAAAGCAUCUUAUAAAAAGGAAAAAAGCUACUAAAGAAGGAAAAGAAAAUAUUAAAAAAUUGUCCACAAAAGUUUUAAACAUAAAAACACAGUUUAAUACUCUCAAAACCAAUAUUGAAAAAAUUAAAAAUACCGCAGAGCUACUAUAUCCUCAAAUGCCAGAAAAUCAUUAUCCAUUUAAUUUAAUCUCAUGUUUAACUUUGCAAGAUAAUGAUGACUGAGAGCUCAAGCUUAACAACACUACCUCAAACUAUUACUGCCAAGUUGAAAUAUGAUGCAUCGAAACUCAAAGCAAAAUCUGUGAAUUUUCUCUUAUUGAGCCACAUUCAAAAAUCAAAAAAAUCAUAAAAAUCAAUAUGCCAGAAACUGAAGUAUUUUAUAAACAUCUUAUAGCUCAGACUGAAGGAAAAAUAAUUUCUGAUGCUUAUACAAUAAACCCAAUAGUUAUUGGUAAUGUAGAAAUGAUAGAAGAAAAUUCUUACAAGGUUAAUUUUAUUAGCAUGAGUAAAACAAUGGAGUUUGAUCGUCUUCAGGUAGCUUGCGAUAAAAUUCCUGACGCAUUUGAUGCAGAAUACAGUAAAAUAGAGUAUGAAGAGAGUUCAGCUGUAAUUAAAUUUGAUAAAGUGCCUAAAGCAGCUAGUUUUGUGGUAUUAGAUGGGAAAAGAAUUGUGAGUAACCUUAAAGAAUUUUGUUUUCGAGAAAAAGAAGAAAGUGAUGAAGAAGAUAUAGAUGAUAUAGAAUAA